UAAAAUAGCAUGAAAAAGUAGUGUCAUGCACCGCCGAUUGGCCGCUAAACGAUCUCUAAUCAUUUCACCGACUUCGGCAUUGGAGAGUGAAGAUGGGAAUAUAUUUGAGUAGUCCAAAAACUGAAAAAGUGUCGGAGGAUGGUGAGAAUGACAGACUAAGAUAUGGCUUGUCAUCAAUGCAAGGAUGGCGUGCAACCAUGGAAGAUGCUCAUGCAGUUCAUCCAAAUUUGGACUCUUCCACUUCCUUCUUUGGUGUUUAUGAUGGACAUGGAGGGGAUGAAGUUUCUAAAUUUUGUGCCAAGUUUCUUCAUCAAGAGGUUCUUAAUCAUGAAGCAUACUCAGCUGGGGAUAUAGACACUUCUACUCGGCAUGCUUUUCUCAGAAUGGACGAGAUGAUGUGUGGCCAAACAGGUCAGAGAGAAUUAGCCUCUUUGAUGGCAGAAAAGGACCAAGCUAAGAACAUGAUAGAGGGUUUGAUAUCUCCUCCCAAAUAUGGUGAAUCCAAGGGGCAAACAGAUGGUGGGUCUUCAGAGGAGGGGGCCAACUCUGAUUACCGUGGGCCAUCUGCAGGAAGCACAGCUUGUAUAGCAAUCAUUCAGAAUGUCCAACUUCUUGUAGCAAACGCUGGUGAUUCUCGCUGUGUGUUAUCUCGGAAGGGUCAGGCAUAUGAUAUGUCUAGUGACCAUAAGCCUGACCUUCAAGCUGAAAAGGAAAGGAUUAGAAAUGCCGGUGGAUAUGUUCGGUGUGGACGGGUCAACGGGACUCUAAAUAUGUCAAGAGCAAUCGGAGACAUGGAGCUGAAACAGAACAAAUCAUUGCCUGCUGAAAAACAAAUAGUGACUGCUAAUCCUGAUAUCUGCACUGUUGAGCUCUGCAAUGAUGAUGAUUUCCUUGUUCUAGCUUGUGAUGGCAUAUGGGAUUGCAUGUCAAGCCAAGAAGUCGUGGACUUCGUUGGGAAACAGUUAAAACAUGAAAAUAGGCUAUCAGCUGUUUGUGAGACAGUGAUGGACAAAUGUUUGGCCCCAGCCACGGGUGGAGAAGGAUGCGACAACAUGACCAUGAUCUUGGUACAAUUCAAGAAACCUUUCAAGAUCUCCACAUCCAACGAGGAGCAACCACUGGCCUCUAAUCAAAAUUCUGUAUGUAACGGAAGCACAGCAACAUCUAACGAUAUGCCAUAGCAGGAUCUCACUAUAAUGAUAAUGCAGCUAAAAAUGGUAACACUUAUCAUCUCCUAUACAGGAAGAGUCAUGCUGUUGCUGUAAGCUUUUGAAGUUUUGAUAAAUAAAAAGGUAGCAUUUUAGAUAAUAUCAGAAGAUCUGUAUGUAUAGCUUCAGAUAGGCCAAUAAUUUACACGGGACAAAGAUGUUUUCAGUUUAGUGGAAUUGAUGAGUGUAGCGUUUUCCCUGUUGUAGAGAGAAGAACCAUUAGUUGUUCAACUUAAAUGUGGAUUUUGAUUGUUUGCUCUGCGGAAUACGCCUAUAUUCAGUAAGAUCUGUUGUUUUUGCAAUAACUUUUGUUCUGGGAA